CUUCCAGUGUGUAACUUGAUUUGGCUGCAUGAAACUGAACAGCUACUCUACGCGGAUAAGAGAGGAUAAUAUUACAGAAUACACAGCACGGACACAAUAUGGUAGCUAGGUUAGUUUGUUGUGUUUUGCUCGCUGCCCGGUGACAUCUUGAGUGUUUGCUAGUCUGAGCAUUUAGCACUUUGUAUGCUACAUGCUAGUGUACAACCUAACGUUACUGUAUGGAAGUAAAACUCCUGCCAGUGGUCAGAAACAUUUCGCCAUGAACUGUAACUCGGUUUGGGAAUGUUAGCAUCUGAAAUUAGCUCUCUGAUGCUAGCUGACAAUGUCCCUCGCUCCUGCAAACCAGUCCCAGUUCAUCCGGUCCAGUCAAAAGGACGAAUAUUAUCAGACCUUCCUCAGAAACAACGCCAACGAAGCGUUUCAAACACUUGCUGGGUCCAAAAGAUGGCUGGACUGGAGGAGAGAGAUAGAGUUGCUGUCAGACCUCGCAUACUAUGGCUUAACAACAUUCUCAGGUUACCAAACCUUGGGCGAGGAAUAUGUCAACAUCGUCCAGGUGGAUCCCACUAAACGUCAAAUCCCCUCUCGGGUCAGACGAGGACUCUUUGUCCUCUGCCACGCCUUCUUCCCUUACCUCCUGGACAAGGUCCUGGUGUGCCUGGAGAAUGAGCUGGAAGGCGGGCGGGAGAGCCGCAGUGGUGUCGGUCGGCGGCAGGCGGCGUCCGGAGUGUGGAGCCUUGAGUUUUGGCUGAGGAGGUUGAUGCAGAGGGCGGUGGGGCUGCUGUCCGAGCCUCAGAGGAGGGCGUGCCUGCCAGCCGUGUUCAUCCUCCAGCAGGGUCUCACCCUCCUGCACAGACUCCAUGUGGCUCUUUUCUACAUCAGCGGCUCCUUCUAUCACCUGUCUAAGAGGGCGGCUGGAAUCAGUUAUCUGCGUGUGACAGGGCUGAACGGCGAUGACGGAACCAUCAGAAGCAGCUACAGGCUGCUGGGGGUCGUGUCCCUCCUCCAGCUGCUCAUCACAGUUUGUCUGCAGCUCAACAACUUCAGACAGAGACAGAGAGCCCGGCAGGAGUGGAAGCUCCACAGGAAUCUCAGCCCUGAGCGCACACCGGGCUCGGGGCCCAGAGUCGCCCGCUGUAUCUUGUGCCUGGAGGAGAGGAGAAACUCCACCUCCACUCCCUGUGGACACCUCUUCUGCUGGGAGUGCAUCACGGAGUGGUGCAACACGAAGGCAGAGUGCCCCCUGUGUCGGGAGAAGUUCCAACCUCACAGACUGGUGUACCUGAGGAACUACAGCUGAACUACAGAGCCGGAUCUCUCUCUGCUCUCUCUCACACACACACACACACACACACACACACACACACACACACACACACACACACACACACACACACACACACGCUGCUGCUGCUGCUGCUGCUGGACCAUAAUGCAUUCUAAUACCUGUGCAUGCAGGCUGCCCAUCGGGAACAUGUGAAGACAUAAACAAUAUUUUCCGGCAGUCACACAGAACUUUGUGCCAACAUACUGCAGCUUCCUAAGGCAUAAACAUUCAGCCUUUAUGUUCUUUUCAUUCUUUUUGCAAAGUGAAUUCCUCUUUUGUUGUUGAUUGAGAAUUUAAUUUUGGAUUGUGUCAGUUGAAAGAUGUAAAUAUUACUGUUAAUUUAAAUAAACCUUUGACAGAUCCUAAUAUAA